CUGCAGAUAAAACGCUAUUGAUGUGGUGGGCGUCGAAGUGGGACGCACCCCCCGCCGGCUCCUCGGAGGAAAGUGUGCCCGCUUCUUAAGGAUCAUGUGUAAAAAUUCUUGCUAUAUUAACUUCUAAAAAUUCCUUGUGAAAACUCAUGUACUUGUAAAAACUCCUGGGUUCUUCUCUAAUGAUUCCCAGCCGCGGUGUGGCUGAAAGCCUCUCAGGAAGGUGACUUGUUUAACAAGAUCAGCGAAGAGGCGCAGAGGACAACAGCGUUUGCCAAACAGGACGUCUUGGCCAAGCAGGUAACCGCCGCCAUCCCUCGUAUCAGUGAAACUUGGAACCUUUAUGGCUUGAGCUAUGCAUAAUUCAUACUUCUACAACUGGAUCCCUGAAGGGUUUCGCAGUGAAAUUUUAAGCGGUCGUCGGUGAUCUAAUACACUUAAUAAACGUAUCCUUGAAUAUGAAGUCGAAUUGUCAGAAGUUCAUCAUGCUCAACUCGAGAGGCUGCAUCAACCAUGGAAUGACGUAAAGUGAAUUGCAGCAAAAACUACAGUUUAGUGCCAGAUCCUUAUUUUCAUCAGGAUAACAAUAGUCAAAAGGCUCCUGUAGUACUCGAAAACUGAAAAUAACCGAGUUACUGAAUGAAAUAAGGGAGGUAGCUCUGACAGGGCUACAGCUCUUCCUUGUUCAGUAUCUCGCUUAUUGUAAGUAGUUACUCGCUUAUUUCAGUUAUUUUUCGAAUAAAUAGUACUGUAGUGGAACAAACUGCAAGGUCUACUACUUCUAAAAGCUAGCUGUGAGUAUCGUGGAACACUAUGAGAGAUCCAAGGGCAAGGAUGCUCGUGGCUCCUCUUUGCAAGAACGAAUCGGAAAAUCCGCAACUGCACUGCCUGCAGUAGUUAAGGCACCCGCUGAAGCAUCCUCAACAGCAUCCCUCGAUCUUUUUCUACUUGAAAAGGAGGCCAACGAUGCUCCGAGGUAGCUCUAAAGCAGACUUCCCGGAUGGGAUUCACCAGAAACAGUGCGAGGAAGUCUACAAUAGCCAGGAUUUUUGUUAUGGCAAAUAUUAGUCCACCGAAAUACUGAUCUUAGAAAGUCCUAGGUUCAUCUUAUAUAUUAUGGCUCCGUACUUUUUCUAUGUUGCGGCCUCCUUGUAGAAAUAUAAGACAUACGAGGAUGAUCUUCUAUUUAUUGUAGAAAAAGGAAAUAUCUAAGGAUCAAAAGCUUAUUGUUGUAGAAAAAAGUUGUAUAUAAGAAUAAGUAGCGCUAAUCCUGGACAGAAUUUGGUGCCCAGCAUGGUGACCCUGCGGCGAUGGCGAGCAGCCAGAAGGGAGGCACGACCACGUUUUCUGCAGAGCUCGCGACUUUUCUUUUCGAGGCAAAGAAAGUAACCAGAAUCAAAGACUGCUACGGUGAAGAAGAACAAGCAGCGAUUCGAAGCCAGCCGGAGGCCCCUCUGCUCAGCGUUUUGUUUGACUCCUUUUUUUAGGGCUUUCUUACUGCUAACUGAAUUUUUGAAAAUCUUGAGAAGCAAGGACCAGGUUCGUUUGUCGUACGUGGUUUCCUCUUUCAAUGGAAAAAGACCAUGGAUGAUGGUUUGUGCAUCUAUCAGGUGAUCGAGGCUUCCCGUUAUUAGGUUAUACCCUUCCUAGAGGACGAAAAGCGUAGCCAUGAACGUGAUGAUCUGCCUUUAGAAAGCAUCGUCCUCCAUAAGAACGCCAAAGACAGUGUGUUUUUCCUGAGGAGAAUAAUCAACACGAGUCUCGAUUAAGUUCUUCAACAAGGUGAAAUGAGUAUGAGUCACACUAAACACUUCUUAGACACUAAACACUAGCCUCUAAGUUGUACGUUCCAAGUCGCGUCAGUCAAAGGCGAAGUCGGGAGAAGGGGGUGACUCCGAUGACGGCGAUCCUAGUAAUGCACUUCGCCUGUCCCCAGAGAUGAAGCGGUUCUGCCAGCGUUUAACCGCUGUUUCCGCGUUGAAGAGCGCGAUCGAGGAGGGCAGGCGAAAAGGAGAUCUGGUAGCGCUGAGGCUGAUUGGGUGGCACUUGGUCAGCAGGGUGUUCGCAGACAAAAACCAGCGUUUGGGACAUACUCCUUUAUGACAACAGCUGAUGGAGAUGGUGACAAUAGUGUCCGCGUUGAGGUAAAGAGGGCAAUGGUUGUACAGCAUGACGAGCAUGCGUAUAGUGACUUCAGGAGCUACUUCAAGAGCAUGCAGGUUCUUAGAAUCAUACAGGUUCUUACAACCAUAUCAUGAAUGUAAGAAUGUCUCUAACUCCUGCGCAGGUCCAAGUAUCAGCAUUGGAUUUCGCAUUGCAGCCGCGCUAUCUCGAAGGCUGGAGCGGUACGGACGCGAACUCCCGCUCCUACUCGCCUCGGUUGGUGAAUGAUGAUAAGCCUCUCGAAAAUGUCGACGAAAUCAUGAGCACCAAAUUUUUGGCCGAAGCUCCUAUGGGGCGCAGCUUUGUUGGGUACCUGCAGACAGACGCAACGUCGAAGGAGAGGCCAUUGUUACGGCCGCAAGUAUAUCUAUUCUACGUGUAAGAAUCUUCACCGCCCAUGGAGGAGAAUUGAACCAACAACCUCCUGAAUUGCAACCCAGCUGAAGUGGACUUAGCUGUAGUAACUUUUCCUUAGCUGACCUUUUAACAAAUCCUCAAAUUCCUUUAGCUGACCUUCGUAACAAGCUCUUUUCCUGAGUUCCAUUUAACAAACCCUCAAAUUCCAUUAGCUAUCAUAGACUUUUCUUUCUUCGAAUGGUUUCAAUCGAUAGAAACCUCAAGUGAGCUUAGCUGUAGAAGGAACAUUUAUAAUUACUCUCGAGCCUUACCUGAAGUGAACUUAGCUGUAGAAGGCACAUUUAUAAUUACUGGCAGGGCUAACUCACGUAAAAAAUAAGCAUUUUUAAGCACAAAUCACCACAAGGACCAUAUUAAUUUAGCGUACAUCAAUCGCUAAUCUUGCCGGAGCGUGUUGUGGCGAGUUUUUUCGAUUCGGUGAAGAAGUUUGGAGACGCGGAACAUUUUGGCAAUCGGCUUUCUGCCGUUAUCGACGCAGGUGCGUGGUUCAAAGACGCAGCGCCAGCGGAGUGUGCUUGCCAACUUCUAUUAGCGGUGAACAAAUGGAACAGGCUCGGGCCGAACUUCGUACCAGAUCGAAAAAAGUACAUUGGGUUUUACGAAACACGCGCUGGGAAAGAUAUCAGCGCUGUUUAUAAGCUGGAAACCUGCAAAAUCGAAGCGGCAAAGCGACCAUUAUGGCUUUACCUGCUCACACGUCCAAGUUGGAUUUAAUAUUAUAUUACAUGUAAAAGUCAACUUUUUUACGUGUAGAUUUUGAUUUCAUCUAGCAAUUAAAGCUUAGCAAGUUCUUUUUGUCCGUUUCUCGUCAUCACAGUCUGCUGUUGGGAAGAUGAAAUUACACGUUCGUUGCCAGUUGCAGUACAUAGGCGUCUGCUGUUGGGAAGAUGAAAUUUCACGUUCGUUGCCAGUUGCAUCUUCUAACACCUCCAGCCAGCCAGGUCUCCGGCACCAGUGUGGACAUGCUGAAGCAGGCGGGCCUCGACAUCACGGGGACGAUGGCGGAGGCUGACGUGCGAAAUUUGUUCGUGUUUUUCUAUGACCAUCGCCAUAACGUAGGCGCGGAUUGGCCAAACCCGCUAGAUGGAGUGGGCAUCGCCACCUUCGGCCAGAAGACAGACAAGGCUUAAGGCUUGCCCAAAUUCUUUCAACAUCUUAAGUGAAAGCUAGCGUCUUUGGAGCCGGGGUUUGUCAUAGGGAGAGACUUCAUAGGGAAGAGGCCACUCUCUUAGAGACUCAGAUGUGAAUAUCAUUAGAUCACCGCCUCGAAGUCGAACGGCUUAUUACAGAUAUCGAUAACUUCUUCUAAAGAGUACGUUGGGCACAAUCACUAGCCAGGCUACGAGAGUUUCGCACAGCGGGAAGCCACGUCUUUGUCAUCCUGGAAAAGGGGGCCGCAAAAAACAUGGGCAUCACCCACGACACGAAGAAUGAGGACAAAAACGAACACCAUCAACUAAAAGAGAAACUAUGGAAAUACUCGGCUGACAUUCAGGAGGAAGCCGAAAAGCGAAACUACUUCUCUUCGCUGAUGCAACAGCUAAAGUUAAGGGUUACCGCACUGCAUUCUUCACUACCGUCCUUCACUUGUUGUCCAGUAGGAAAAGGGUGAGGGAUGAUCUGAAGAAUGGCAAGCGCAACCUUUAAUCAAAGCGGUGGAAAAAUACCUGAUAAAAUGGUAUCGUGAUCAAGUCCUCCUAGCUGGUGUGGCGUCGCGGCUUUAUCCUGCCGCAAAACAGUCGCGGGAACGGUAUCUUAAGACUUUGUUUUUAGUUUUAGUCCAUCCACACUGCAUCAUCUUUCAUAAUACUACACCACCACUGCUACGAAUAUUGCUAUAAUGACCAUUACCCAUAACCUAAGUACAACCCUAAUAUCGUUUCUUCCUCUAAUAAGCUCAACAGAGAAGCUUGGAAUCCGUUCACUCCGGACCCUCUGGACACUGACCAACCGGAGACGUGUGUGGGGCCAGCUUUAAAGGGCGACGGCGUUGUAUUUUAAGGCCUGCAGCUACUUAUUCUUCUACAUCGGAAGUAAACUGUUUUUCUUUCCUAUGGGCAUCUACUUUUCCUUCUAAAGAAGUAAACUCUUUUUUUUUUGUACAGGGAAUAAAUUGCGGAAAGGAGAACUGUUGGUGCCCCUCUUGUUGAGGAACACCAAGACUUCAUGAACUAAAGGGUUAGCAGUACCCCUGUCUCUAUUUUCCUAUGGUCUACCGACCUGAUUACUUUUCUUUCGUUCCUCUACCUGCUGCAGUUGGUCUUUGUGCUGUAAGAUCAUCCCAAAAUCUAGGACAACACUCACAGGGACAACAUUUACACACUACACAUACCACAUCCAAAGCUGUAGUAAAGAAAAUACAGAUGUUGAGGUCCCCGCGCAGUGUAGGUUUACUAGAUGUAAUGGAGCUGUUGACGCUUGAAGCAUAAAAUCCCACCACACAAAGUAUUGGCGGGAAUGCAUUUCUGUGCUAGAGGUGUACCAGUACCACUCAAGGACCUAAGUUGCAGACUUCUAGCUUUCAUCCCUUCAUGACUCUCCUGUACUCUCUCGAAUGUCAAAGAUUUUUCCUGCGAAGAGAGAGUAGUUCUCUAGUAGUAAUAACCUUAGUUGUUUUCCCUUGGCUCUAUAAUAAAUCCGUGGGUGUCCGUCUAAAAAUAAUGAUCACACUAGCUUUCAUCUCUUCAAGACUCUAAUCUGAUUUGACCUCCCAAGCGGAGAGGAAUUUCCGACAAAAUCAAGAGAACCUCGUGGUCGGCAAAUGGCAGCUAGAAUCACCGGAGUCGCAACAAUCUGCUCUGAAAAUUAAGGUCGUGCCACUUGAGAAUGAGAAGGAUGAAAGGGAAUGUCGAAGGAAAGGGAGUGUGAGAAAAAGAAGGAAGAAAUUCAAUGUCGACUUGCCAUAUGGAAGCCCCCUGCAGCGCAUAAGUCGCUCACGCGGUCCAGUAGAGGGGAGUAGAGGGUGUGUGAUACAUUCAGGAAGUUGUAGUUGACGAUAGUUAGUGUUUGGUAGUCCCUCUGAGGCUACGGACAUUCGCCCGGGUAUACAGGUCAAACUGCGGACGGCGUGCCAACUCCUAUCCUAUCCUAAGCCCUACGGUCCUCGUCAAAAGCGUGUCAGUUCGUCUGGUAGGUGUAGACAUUGGCGGCGUCUUACCGGCUUCUCGUCCAAUAAUGCAAUUUUUUCGAGCGUGUAGACAGUAGAACCCAAAAAAAAACGAACUUCCGGAAGUACUUAUAGCUAGAACAGUUUAUGACACGAAUGGCGGUUGGCACGAAUGACACGGUUGGAACAACCCAACGAAGCCAAAAAGUGCCACGAAUGGCGCGGUUGGCGUUGGCACAAGCGGACAGGGAUAGGGGUGCGAAGGGCUGCAAUUCUACGGAAAGCGCCCCUGCCAUUUUGAAAAUGGUAAGGGAGCUAGCCAGAAACGAAGCCGACUUGGCUGCUCUCUAAAGAGUGCGGACCCUAGUGCGGCUGACCGUCGGAGGGCUGGCCUCUUUCUUGGAACUACCGCGCGGGUCGCGCAAAUUCUGGUGGACUUGCAUGACCCCCGCGGAAUUCCACGAGAGGAAUGCUGCGACAAGGCGGGCGGUUUAGGGUGCGGCCUCCGCCUUAGGGUGCUGGCAGAUUGGUCGCAGGGCGCCCGAGUGGGGUUCUCAAAGUAUGUGCGCAGCAUUCGGAGACAGCGGCAACGCCGCGGGGGAGGUAGCGCCUGAAAGCGCAGGGCGCCCGAAGGGCGCCCCGCUCUCGAAGGUCUGAUAGGUCCACGAAUGGCACGAAUGGCGGAGCACAUUGAAGCCCCGGAUUGGAUGCGUGCCAUUCGUUCCAACCGUUCCAUUCGUGCCAUGCCAACCGGCCCCCAGAAACCUUAUACCCUGUUCUAUUAUACGUCAAGCGUCGAGGACUUGCCGACUUGCCACAAGGGGCCACCAACCUGUUUGAAGGGUGCAGCCGCUCCUGUGGUCAUCAGGCGGCUCUACUUCUAUAAUGUAUUUGCUCGAAUGGAAGAAAAUAAUGUUCUCGUCCAGGAGAGCAAUGCUCUCCAGUCGUCCAGGAGAGCAAUGCUCUCCAGGAGAACACUACUUCUAGUACAUUAUAGAUCAUGUUGGUUACGUUGAACUCUGCCAAGAAGUGCUUGCUUAUUGAAGUUCCUAGUGAAGGAAGGGCAAGGUGGGCACCGUUAGGUUAGUACUACGACAUUCCCUUCCCGUCACGACUCUCAAUCCGUGGCCUCAUUCAAGUAGAGGAAGAGCGAUCAUCCAGAUCCAUUACGAGAGGUUGUAUCAUCUAUUUGAUGUUCUGGUAUAAUGAUUUGGAGAAAGAAGUGUAAAGGUUUGGAGAAAGUGUAGUAGAAAAGGUUUGUUGAUUUUUGUAGUAGAAAAGCUUCUAUUAACUCAGGAGACGUAGGAAGACAUGUAAUAUUAUAAAUAAUGUAAUGUACUAUAAUACUAGACAUGUAAUCCUCUGAGGCGAGCAGGUGCCGGCGGGGCUCGUUGUGCAGGAUCCAUAACCUAACCUAACCUGUAAUAUUAUAAAUAUUGUAAUGUAUAUCUCCUUCAAUUUUUGAUUCUCUACAUUCUUGCAAGGGAGGGACCAGGACUCCUUGACGAUCAUGCAGACGAAAUACAGCAAGAAUUUUGCAAAAGACCUUCUUGUUCUUCUAACAUCGGAGCUGCGGGAGGCGCCUGAAUUCCUGCAAUCCGAGACCAUGUACAAAAUCACAGAGCCAAAGGAACAGUUGAUAGCGGUACAUUUAUAUAUAGAAAGAUGGAGCUUAAGAUGGAGCAGCAGUUUAUAUGUUUUUUGAUUAGCAUGAUUGCAGUUUGCAUCAAACCCAAUUGGUGGGAAAACCCAAAAAAAAAAUUUGCAUCAAUCUACCACGAACCAGCCACUUCUCACCACCUUGCCUCCUUUGCCAGCUUCAGCGUCUUCCGGUUUGGUGGCGCUCUAGGGUACAGGCAAGAAGCGGGAAGGGGUCAGAGGUGGGCGCUUUGAGGCCUUCCCGCCCGGCGGUCCCGCAUCAAAAUUGGGCCCGGGGCUGGGAGGCCCCCAACCUCAAAAAGUUAGAUCGGGGGGGCCUUCAGCCCUGGGCCCUGGGGCAUAUAUUUGAUUAGCACUAGACCGGUUCUUUUGAUUAGCAUGAUUGCAGUUUGCAUCAAACCCAAAAAAAAAAAAUUUCUACCACGAACCAGCCACUUCUCACCACGUGCAGGUCCUUCUUUUUCAUUCGAUGACACGCAGCGCAGUUUUGACGGUGCGUGGCGAAAACAUCCCGAUUCCUGCUCAGUUUGGCCGCGUAGUGGAAAAAUCGACCCCGUUCAAGGCUCUCCUUAUGCUGGCCCUCGAAAUCGAAUAGGAGUUCUUUUUUUGCCUACAACAGUCAGUCCUAUACCAGAUUGCUUGGUUUGUUGAGAUAGUUCUGCAUAUUAGAUGAGUUCCCUUCAGGAAAAAAUGAAAAUCUUGAACCAUCUCCUUCUCUUCCCUCUUGUUAAGCUUACCCCGUGAAGGGGUAUUAAACUAAGUACUAUUAGUACUAUCUACUUGAAAUACUUUCUGUGACAAGGGGUCCUCUUCCUGACGACAAGGCGUCCUCUUCUUCUAAUUUCAGUAUGGCACGCAUGCAAAUGUUGCUCCGAUGGUUCUUGUGGGAGCAGCAACUGAAGAAUUGGGCAACACAAAUGGAAAAACUGGAAACGCAGUUUUUGGGACUCGAAAAAAUAAGUUAUGACCUUGGUUGUGUUUUUGUUGUUUGUUUGGUUGUUCGUCGUGGCCGUGUGCCAGUGUCCUUUCUCUCAAAUGAAAUCUUGGCUAGGAAGGGUUAGUGGGUAUUUGCUGGCUUAUUCUUGACAACUUUAUCAUCUAGCACAGAAUGGAGUCUCCGCGGCUGCGUCUGCAGUAAACAACUCAAUACUUAUGAUCUUUCAGGAGCGCAUCCCUCCUGGGUGGCAGAAGAACAUUGAUCAUGCAGAACAUUGAUCCCACAGGAGAAUAGUGUCGAGACAUAUACUAUGCAUAAAAGCUGACUCUAAUGAAUGGCAUGGCAGAAAAUGCAAAACGCAGGCGGUGAGUGGUGGAACGCAGUGCUAAGGCCCUACCAACCUUCAAUCAUGUUGAGGUAUAGUAUAAGGGUGUGGGUGUUCUCUUGCUCUUCUCAUAUUAUUCGAUUCAAUUUUUUUAGUGUUCUCUUCUGCUCUUUUCGCUAAAUAUAGGCUCCGCGACUACAAUAUCGUCUUGACCUAGGAGGUGGCAUCAAUCCUGAGAAGUUCUUGAUAAGUUUAUUAAGUGUUUUCUUCUAGGAAAUGACGCAGAGCUCUCAAAGUCGAAGAUAAGAUGAGAAGUUACUAGUUCACUAUGAAGAGUUCUGAUCUUCAUCUUAUGGGCCUUUUCUACUUCUCAUCUUAUCCUUAUGGAUUCUAUAGAAGAAUGUUGAGCACUGGACGUGGACGAGCUACUUGUUUGCUACGACUACUAGCUCUAAAAAUUGCACUGGACAUGGACGGGGUGGCAAUCACUCUGAAGCGCUUCGCCAAAGACGCCAUGCGUUUCCACAACGGCUGGUGGCUGUUCCUGCGUAGCGUUAAGGCACGACUUACACGUUCUAGUUAGAAGCCACCAGAAGUAACAAGAUGUCGUGACGUGCACCUGCUAGAAGAAGGCAACUAAUAGAAGAACGCACGUUACUAUACAUAGAAGUCACCUACAAAAAGUCACCAAAGUAACAAGAGAAGUAACAAGAUGUGAAGCGCACCUACUAGGAGAAGAACGCACCUCACCUAGUAAGAGAAGUGACAAAAUAAAGACUGACUCCUGUAGAAGUGCCUCAAAGCAAGGCUCACCUGGUGGAGUCUACACAGUCCUAUGAAAAAAAAGAAAAAAAAAAAAAUGUGAGACCGAAUGAAUGAAUGAGUGGGUGAAUGAAUGAAUGAGUGUCAGCAUCUAAUAUUCAGACGCUGCGCAAAAUGGCGAAAGAUGUCGCUUUAUUGCGGCAAGAGCACUUGCGGAAAUACACCAGCGCUAUCGCAAAGGACGCGGCGGAUGCAAAGAAAAAACCCCUACUGCCCAAGGAGGUGCGCUACCAACGUGCUCUAUGCCUCCACGCCUAAUUUGGAACCCUAGUAAUUUUCAACCCUGAUAGUCUGUCAACCCUAGUAGGAGAGAUCAGCCCUAGGCAAUGCUACUUUCUACUUGUAAACAACACCGAUCAAGAACUGUUCGUUGUCCUAGAAGCGCAGCUACAGAGGCCUGAGUGCUCUAAUUUUGUCGAAUCUGCAAGAUCUUAAGCUUGAGGACGAGGCAGGCACGGGUAAAGCCGAAGUGUGGGAACAGUUAAGGCUUGAGCAAAGGAGACUAUACUCAAGAGACUGAUCAUUUGAUUCUUACGUUUUUUUCUAGUUGAUGUGAGUCUCCACGCCUACUUCUAUGCGAGAGAUUGAUUUAUCUUUAGCAAGGAAUACAUCUGUGUAGUACUAUACAAAACAGUCAGAAGACUUCUUUGAUUUGUCUUCUUGAGCGAUAUCAAUACUCUUGUCCGCAGAUGGCGAUCACAAAUGGGGAUAUCUCAAUCAGGAAAAUGGCUACGUUUAUAUCUUCUAUCUGCGUAGCCAUUUUAUCCCUAUCUUUCUCUCUCUGGCCAUGGAGUUGCUGUCCAUCUGGAUCCAAGGAUAAAUCCUUUCCCAGAUGUGCAGCUACACGAUUCGUCCAGGAAUCCUAAGUGCUGUGCCUGCAGGUAUCAUCGUAGCUCAUCUAAGUAUCAACUUCUACGUAUCUAUUUAUCCACCGACCUCGCUCUAAGAACGAAGGACUUCGAAUACAUCUCGGCCUACGCAAAAAAGAAAGAAGAUGCCGGAGUACUGAUUCUGAGGGUAGAGAGCGGCGGCGACGCUCCGACUGAUUUUACGACGAACUGGAAAGUCUUGGUCUUCGACUUUCAACAUCAUGUGAUGGAAGUCCUCUAUACAAUGAUAUACUAGCCUUAGAUAGCGCCGGCGCUUAGUUAGUUUUAGCAGUUAGCGGGAUACUUCAGAAUACUUGUUGAUAGUUACCUUUUUCUCUUUUAUAUCUUCCUCUGGUCUGUCUUUUUUCUAGUUAGGUCGGCUCCACCACAAAUAUACUAGCCUUAGAUGAGAAAUGCUGACUUUGAAACGUCCUAGUGUUCUGGCUCAAUGAUAUACUUUUUUUGUUUAAAAAAGAUGUAAUGACUUGGUCUUCUUCGGUUCAAAAACAUUAUUUGUUGAGGACGAGCCAGUCUUUACGCUCGCUAAGAACUCCCAAGAAGCAGAAAUGGAGCAGGAGGCUGAACAGGAACAAGAGCAAGAGGAGGAACUCGAAGAGGAAUUGGAGGAAGAUAUGAAAAUGAAGUUGCUACACCGUAGUCGUUGUUGUUGUGACACCGUAGUCGUUGUAGUUGUUACACCGUAGUCGUUGUAGUUGUUACACCGUAGUCGUUGUAGUUGUUACACCGUAGUCGUUGUAGUUGUUACACCGUAGUCGCUGUACCUGAUUUACACUGUAAUGUAGCUACUUUUUUAGCUUAGUUUAAUACACUAGGUAAGAACCUGUAGUGUAGUUUUUUACACUAUCGGACAUUCCUCUUCAUUUACUAGUGUAGUGUAGAAGUUUUUUACACUGUUCCCUUCAGACUACAGAAGUACCUCGAUGGUUCCCAUCCUAUUGAUUCUAUCCUAUCCCCCUGUCAUAGAACAUAUACAAGACCUAAACGGUUCAUUUUUUCGCCCAUUUUUAUGCUAAAUUAGCCUCUCUAAUCAACAUAGGCAAGACCUUGCGUACAUAAUUCCCGACAAAGUGGUGCUCUAUGAGUCGGCGAAAGCAUGGGGCGCGUUCGAUCCACAGGCGAGUGAUUCAGGUGCGAAGGGUGCUUCCUACUUUGGGUCGAAGCAUUUCUGCUAUGGCGGUUGUUGGGUUAUAUUGAAAGAUGAAUAAUGAAUGCAUAAAGGAAAGGGUAUAAUAUCUAGAGACGAUUGUGGAUUUGUUUCUGAAAGGAUUACUUGUUAGCGCAAGCACUUUUUUCAUGUUUGAGUAAACGUAUGUGAGGAAACUUCGUGGUUGUACGAUUGUAACCUUCCAAGGGCCUGAUUAAUGCAUGAGAGCAAGAUUCACUCUUACGACAACCUGUAAGUGUCUAGUUUUUUACAUUCUGAACAGUCACGUAGUAUGGCCGUGACGCCGCGGCAUCCUAUCCUAUGCUAUCCUAUCCUUUUCUGAGGGGCUAGUUAGUUUCUUUCAUUCACUUCUUCUCCAGUACAAGGGUUCGCUAGUAGUUUAUCUAAUUGAUAUUGAUAUAGAUAUUCUUAAAUCUCUAACCUUCUGAGGGAAUGAAAGAGGUGAAGCACUUCUCAGGACUACAACAACCUGACGAUGAGAAAGCACUUUUGACCGAGGUCCUGUCCAGCAUGAUUACCAAGAAGCAAAAACUACUGACUGGAGGCUCUGAUGGUGCGAAUAAAGCUGGUAUUCUUACCAUUUCUUUGUCGUGGUAAGUACUUCAUUUAUAAAAGGUAGACGAGGUGCAUGUCGAGGCGGACGAGACAUGUUAUUGAUGUGAUCGUGCAUUUUCUUGAUGUUAAACUGUUCGUCAAACAUCAAUCUAAGAAACUAUAUAGUAGAGCCGCUUCUUAUACAUUAAGUACAACGAUCUGAAAUCUUAUGUAAUUAACCUCCUUCCAUAGCAGGGCGUUUUUGUUUCCCCCUUAUAUUUUCGUAGAGGUGUGCUGCAAAUCUUGAUUGGCUUUCACCUUUUAGGUGAAGGUUUAGGUCCUGCGACGCUCAAAGCACUAAGUAAAACAACCGGUUAGUUUUCACCUCCACACUCUUAGGCUUAUCCCAUGCAGAAAUAUAUAGUAGAGGAGACUGGUUUGGUCCAUCAAUCGUCCGAUCCAAUUCAAAAAUAGAUCCUGGAGUAACUGGAAUUGCGGACGACAACACGCCCUUUGUGCAUGGGGACACCUUCAUCACUGAAGACGCUGCUCGUGGAUACAAGUGGGAAACUCCUGGUCUUAUGGUGAAAAACUUUUGUCCAAGAUCUAUAUCCAACCUGCCCUAUUAACCUAGUAUCGAAGUGCAGCUAAUUGUUCUACUGUGUCUUCUAUUCUUCAAGAUGAAGAUUCCUAGUACUGUGGUUAGGAUGUGGCUUAUGCUUGUCUUCUAAUCGGCACAAAGGCCCCAUGGAGUCGCCGACGUUAUUUCAACCUUUCGCUGGUUACAAGAGCGCGGUGCCUUUCCAUCACUACGUGGUGAUCGACGCUGCCAAUUACGGCUUGACGUUGUUCUAUUCGAAAACUGGAAAUAGCCGAGUGACUGACUGAAAUACGGGACGCAACUUUUCCUUCAGUAUCUCGGUUAUUCUCGUCUGUUACUUGCUUAUUCCAGUUUGUCGAGUACUUAAUAUUGUAGUUGAUUCCAUGGUCCAUCUUGUUGAAACAAAAGCAUAAGGAUAGGCCUCCUGUUAUUUCUGGACAUGAAAGCAUCUGAAGAAAAGCGAAAACAUCUUCAGCGAAAACAUCUUCCUCUUGUAUUUCUUUCACUGGUCGCGGGACGCUCUACCAACAAGAUGGAGCACACUCCAAAUAAGGGAGCAAGCAAGCUCUAAUCUUGACUACAACAGUCUGAUUCGGAGGUGGACCCUGCUUGUGAAAAGGUUCUCAAGUCUCUCAAGCUUAACGGUCGCUACAUGGUUUUAUGGCAAGGGUGGAACCGGUCAUGAUAAAUCAGGUUCUCCCUACUUCAACCAGUUUGUUUACUUACUUCUUACACUGCUUACCUGCUCCUGCUGUCACUACUUUCUUAAACUAGACUUAACUUGCCUGUACUAGUUGCCAGUACUUAAACUUAACUCAAAUAAAGACUAAAACUCAAAAGACUAAAACUUCUUGACUACUUGUACAGCAUGAUGAUGCUGUAGAAGUAAUCGUCAGAGAAGUUUUCUAAUGUACGUCUACGUGUCUGUGGCGGAGGCUGGCCGUUUCGCCCACACCUUGGAGCACGACAGCACCUUAAAUGGCCGAGCUAGAACAGAUGGUACAACUCAUCUGUCUGACUGAAAAUGAUGAGUUAGAGAUUCUAUCUUCCUUUUUGAGUAGAAAUCUACUCACAUUUUUAAAUAAGUAUUUUAUUAUUUCAUAUCAUCCAUAGAAUGAAUAAUUGUAAUCAAUAUUGUGAAAAACUAAACACAGGUGAAGCAGCGGAGAAGGAUUUCAAGCCACUGUUUUUAUUGGAUAGCGGAGGCUCACUGAUAGCGCCAGCUUCCUCCAAGUGGGUCCACCCUUUUCGUCCGAAUCCUCAUGCUUAUGCAGGUAAGAUCCCUAAGUCCUUCGCGUAGAUCAGGCAAGAACUGUGGUCGCUAGUUGAGGAAAAUCCAUUAUAUAACCCCCGGUAAGGUCGCUCUCCCCUGGAGGUACUUUCCUACUGGAUUGCCUCACAAGUAGACGCUAAUAAAUAGCUACAUAAGAGGCACCAUGACAUGACAUAAUCGAAGUUACGGAUUAGCGUCAGCUUUCUUCAUCACGACAUUCGUGUGUGGGAGUCCAAAUGCGUUGUUCAAAUAGUUCAAAUCUUAGAUCUACUCUCAGGUGCUACUCUCUCGGACAGUGGUCCUUCGAAACAAGCAGUUUUGCUGGCAAGGGACCUAGGACCUGUUCUGGUGCAAGGGAACUUCUUACGCGGUGACCUGCGCUCCUUCGAAGUGGCUGCGGUUGUUUUCUUAAGGGCGGAUGAGUGAUGAGGUUGAUAUUCAUAAUUAAUCCACAUGACACCAAUAAUGAAAUGGAAUAUAUUGAGAAAAUCCACAGGACACCAAUGAUGAAAAGAAAAAUUGACGUAACAGAGGUGUGCUACUUGAAUAAAAACUCUGUCUAAAAAUUGAUAUUUAUGGCAGUCUGCACUGAACUUUGUGCGAGAAUAACUGUAUUGUAUUGUACCUCUAAUUCUCAAGCACUUAGAGUUCUUCGUCCUCUAUGGAGCGAUCAUGAAGCUCACUGGGCGCGAGACUGAAAGUACAACUUCCAGUGGAGACGCGGCGGCGCCACCAGUCGAAGGCGGUCCUGCAGACGGUGCGGCGGCAGGGGCAGUAGGUGCAGGCGGUGCUGGAGGUGCGGGAGAUGCAAAACUAGUAGCUGCAGAGGCUUCUGGCGGUGCGGCCGCGGCGGCACCUGAUGGAGGCGGCGGAGGGCUUGCACAGGAGGACGUCACUGGCACUGAGACACCGGCUGAUCAUCCUGCGGGUGUAGCUGAUGAUGCGGCGGGAGAUCUAGCACCUCCUGCUGGUGGUGAUUUCGGUGCUGGUGACGCUGCUGGUGUCGGUGCUGGUGGUGCGGCGGCAGAACCUCCAGGUCCACUGCAGCAAGGUGGUGCUGAGGCUGCAAACGCUGGGUCUUUUCUUACGACCAGCGCAGGUGGAGCAGCAGGACCACCUACGCGUCGUGCGCCUAGACAAGGUACUAGACAUUGAUCCUUCUAAUCAACAAUUUGAAUUUGAACCUUUUAGUUUUAAUCACUCGUCCAUCUGACUGUGACAUUUUUUACCAUCAGUCUCUUACUCUUCUCUAUCUCUGUGAUACUGCAGGAGGAGCAGACGGACAAGCACAAGAAUCAGCAGCAUCAGAAGAGCGAACUGCAACCGAGGAACUCAUGGUCACCGACUAUUGUCAGCCUGUUAUCAACAGCUACGUGCAAUUUUUGACCGGUGUGGAUACGGAGACUGGAAUGCUGCAGCCUCCCGAUGCGGAACGGGUGUUAAGGCACGCUAGUGGAUCAUUUGAUAUCUCUCUCGCAUUUAUUCGUAGCUAUUCCUUCACGAUUUCGUCAACCAUUUCUGUUUGUUCUUGACAUCCUCAGUCUAGAAGUUUUGAUGUCAUCCGUCUAGAGAAUUUGUCCAAUCUCUAACCAUCAAAGCUGCAACCUUGUACACGAAUCCCAUGGAGAAGAUAUUCCAGUACCUGAUCGGCGGCAUAGAUGAGUCGGAUGCAAUGCUUUCGCGACUGGGAGUUUUGUACUUAUGAUAGUGCAGAUACUGCUUCUAUACUGUACGUAAAUUGAAGAUCUUUAUUUCGAAACUACUGUGGAUACAAUCAGUUUCUUUCUUUGAAGUAAAAUCGUUUCUUGAAUUCUAAGGCCAAUGAGAUUGUAUUUCGAAACUACAACAUGAUGUACAUGACGAUCGACUAGAAGUGCACGACCAUCGCCUUUCUUGGAGAUUCGGAAAUGUUUUUUUUGAUUUUCCUAAGACAUCCGGACGACACUACUGCGUUGUCACAGGGGUCUACGGGUGAUGUUUUUUCGGCCCGGCUGCGACUGUUGGGACAGUUAUGGACAGGUUUUUUGUUCUUCUUGACCACUACGAAUGUAGUUUGAUGUUAGAAGUGGUUGUAAAAGGGACAAGAGCUGCGAUCAUCAUGGCCCUCGCAAUACAACUGAGUCAGUGUUGACCAAAGAUCAGUAAGUAAAAAGACUAAGAUUACAAAAGGAAAUAACUGAAAAAUCAGAGCAGUUUAUAGCACGCGUGGAGUAUGGAGUAGCAUGGAGUGCGUGGAGCGCAGAUCUCUAAGGAACCUCGUAAGUUACUCUGUGAAAUAAAAUGAUACCCAUAUUACCCAUUCUUUCUAAACCAUAUCGCCUAUGAGCUCGAGGACAGUGGUCAGACGGCCUCACCAGCUAGGCAACUGGCUCCACCGUCGGAAAAUGCGGAGGAGGAUGCGGGUAAGUAACCGUUUGCUAACAUAUUCAUCUUGUUAUGGCUGGCUCAAUGUUAUUGUUGCUCAUAAUAGAUCAUGUCCUCCUCAUCUCUUAAUGCUGGACAACAGGUAUUACCGCACACACGACAUUGACGAAGUACCUGACGAUUACACACGGCUUCGAUGAGGCGCGUUGGGGCCAUUCGGUAUGCUUUGGCCCGAAACCCCAAGCGGAAGUUAAGAAGGCCUUGUUAUAGUAAAAAAACUCUAACUCUUCGAAGAUCUUAUUUCUAUCACUACCUGUAAGUUGUAAAAAGAAUAUCUUUCUUUUGGUCUACUUCCUCGGUCUAUCUCGUUCUAUCACUACUUAGGUAGUACACCUAUCUCACGCUUGGAGAUGAUGAACGUCUUUUUUACUAAACUAUAGUAUUCUGGCUCCAGAAGUGUCGUAAAGGUACAGGGAACAAGAUUCCAGAAGUUUUUUUAUCAUGAUCGUGCAUCUAUUUCCUUCUAGCAGAUGUUCUUCUAAAAACGCACCAGCGGCUAAUGGAGGAGACGCCACACCUCUGACGGAGAAGGAAGCUGCAUUGCUCAUCAAGUUAAGCUUCGUAGCCACCAACGAUUAGAAGUAGUGCUGGUACUCAAGACGCCAUGAUGGGAUAACAAAACGUAAAGUUGUAGUACUAGCCAGAACCAUUUCUAGCAGCUCAAGCUCUGUAGCUCCUCUCUAAUUAAUGAGCGAGCUGGUGAGAUGUUUCGGGACAUUUCGUUUUACAAGAAGGCGAUGAAGCAAGUCGAAAAACUGUCCUACACCAAUCCACCUCCAGCUGAAGCCAAGAACAAGGGAAAAACCUUAUGAAGAGCAACUACUGCUUAGUUUUCCCUCAACAUAUUUAUAUUGCUUUUAGCAUUACUGUUAGUGUAGUCCCUUUAAUAUCCAAUAUGAAGAACAACGAGGGCAAGAAGUAGAAUCAGAGAUACGCUCUACUUUCAUUAUAUCUAUCAGAGAUACAAUUCUGUAUUUACCUACUAUCCUUCCUUUUUCUUUUCCUAGUUAGUUUGGCUCCACCCGUAUGUUCUAUCAGAGAUACAUUCUACUUUCAUUAUAUCUAGUUGAUCCUGUUUUUAUGUGCCUCUAAUCCCUUUGGAGGAGGAGUUGAUGGAUCAGCUUGCGGAAAAGCAGGAAGCGCGUUUGCGUUUGCAGGCAGCGGAAGAUUAAGGCACAUUGAAAAACAAAUGCAGCUGCAGGAUCAUUGAAAAACCCAUUCGAAUGGUGCCGUUCCUACCGUACCAUAGUGAGGCUCGCAGAUGAACCCCUCCAACUCAUGUUUUAAGAGGAGCACUAAGCUCAAAAAUAUGCACGAACGUCGAUAAAUCCUAUCGGAACCCAUUCGAAUGCCGUUCGUAGCGUAUCAGUUAGUAGAAAACUUGUUUAUGAGGGGUCGUGGCUGAGAACAGUUUCUCCAGGUGUGCCUCUGCUUACCCUAUUACCCCUGACCCUAAACCCUUCUAACCUACAGCGGAAGCCAUGACGUUGCAAGCUUUGAGUGACGGUGGCGGUGCGGGUGACGAUACAAAGGCUGCUGGGGACAUCAAGCUGACGGAGAUAGUACAGGAUGAAGAUGAGCGCCUUAAGGCAAACCUUAACCUUUUAGUCUACUAGAUGAGGACCACAUGAUGAUCCUGUUCGCUACUUCAUGAAUACUUACUUACACUCACAUGAUCACGGAAUUUCACACAUUAUCAUACUUAUAAUUAAUUACACACAGUUGUAGGCUUGGCCUUUUAGUAGAUUGAUGAGGACAUUGAGGACCUCAUCAUAGCAUAUCUUAACCUUUUGGUAGAUGAGGACAUGAUCAGGGGGACAUCAACUAUCAUGCCCAGUAGUUUGUCGUCCGCAUCUUCAGUUCUAAUGAAACCGAGGGAAGUGAAGAUGCGGACGACAAACUGCUGGAGAUCAGUACGAUCGCGGAGGUGGCAGCUGCCGAUGCAAGGAAAAACUUCGUAAAAGAAGGAAGAAGGGUCCCAAAUUAUGGCGACACACACGACUAUAUUAAUUAUUGUUAGUAUUUGAUGAUUGUUCUUGUGCAUUUUGUCAAUGAUCAUUUUGCCAAUGACCUGAGGCGCAACUUCUGUGCAAUAUUAAAUAUUGUGUCCUAGGUACUUGUAUACCCUUUACCUAACCUUACCUUUUUCCUAGUUAGCUUGGCUCCACCCGUAAUAUUGUGUCCUAGGAGGUACUAGUCUUGUAGGAACUGCGACGGGGACACACACACAUGGCAAAAUGAUCAUUGACAAAAUGCACAAGAACAAUCAAUUAAUUAGCUGAUUGUUCUUGUGCAUUUUGUCAAUGAUCAUUUUGCCAAUGACCUGAGACGGCGCCAUGAUGAUGAUGAUGAGACGCCUAAGAUGUUUUCUUUUCCGUGGUCGUGUUGUUACCUCUGUUGUUUUGCUUAACCUGUUUUUCUCUACAAAAGAUGGAUCCUCCCGGCUGCAGCAGCGUUGGUCGUGGAUUAGUAGAGUAGUGUUCUCAGAAGUCCUUACAUACAUCUAAUACGUUGCGAAGGCGACAGGAGCGGCUGGGCCCUCGUCGUCGUCCUGCUGCUAGAGCGACUCAGCGAACUAGUGUUCGCGUCUUUUUCAAAGACAAAAACUGGAAAAGGAAUGUGGUUAACGGGAGGUUAACUUAAGGUCAGCUUUUUUUCUCUAUCCUUUUCGGCAUCUUCGUACCCUUUUGCCCCAGUCAGUGUCGUAUUCUCAUGAAAUACUACAAGACGGGGAGACGCAAAGGGGUCGAGAUGAGAGGAGGACCGAGAUGAAAAAAGAAAGGCGCUAAUUUAACAGAGGAGGAAUAUGGAGGUUGGGGCGGGAGUAGUAUGGCGACCGCAUCAUGUACACUUUGUAUCAGGAAGAUGUUUUAAAUAGUCACAUUCACGGUAUACGGACUCAGGAGAAAGAUGUUUUGGAUAUUCACUGGAUGUUAAAGUUGUAGAUUGUUAAAUUAGAAGAAAUGAGCAGACAUUUGAUCAUCGAACGGGAAGAUGCGUUCGUGUUGAGCACACAGGAAAAGGAAAAUGCUUUGUUCAACAACGUAAGAAGAUGAAAGUUUACUUGUACAAUUCCAAGAACGAUAAUUGUCGUAGACACCUGUUUACAAACUCUACACAAUCUAGAAAUAUGAACAAGUAGUAGAUCAUAAGAACAACAGAACAAAAGUUAGAUUUUUGAUCGAGGUUAAUAGACUGAGAGAAAAAAGGUGUUGAAUAUCAAUAUUCUGCUUACUUACACAAUUGUAGAAGUCAUUCGAAAAGAAGUAGAUAGUGGAAUUAGCAUUCGGCUGCGCAAAGUCGUUGCUGGAUGUUGUAGGAGCCUCUUGAUUAAGACCCGAUCCUUGAUUCGAUUUUCAGAUAUCCGAUCUCCAAUGUGUUACGCGUCAUCAAAAUUAUUUAAAUCAGAAGUUGCAGAUAUGGAAAAAACGUACAAGCAAUUAAGGUACAGAUUGAUAGAGUUGGAAGAUUCAUUCCUAGUAGUUCUAAGAUUCCUAGAAAUACAAGAUAUACCAGACAUCUGAAAUCUCAAGUUGUUUCUUUGAUGUCAUUGACUCAAGUGUUAUUCAGGAAAGCAGGACUAUGAUGUGUAUCCAAAUCCAUGUACAAGAUUUAGCUUAUGUGAUGUGCUGAGAAAGCAAAAGUUGAUGUAGGCUCAAUGAGGCCUGCAGUAUCGGCAUUUUACAGGUUUCUCCACAUUGACGCGGUGACUAUGAGUGGCUGCAUGUGGCCACCUUUGAUACAACGAACUAGAUGGACAACGAGGUCAAUCCACAACUCCGCAUUGAUUCUCUCAAGAUGGAUUAAAAAACAGUGUCACCGAGUAAGUAUGUAACUGUACAGAUAAUCUCUUGUCCGGAGUUUUGGCCAUAUCAUGUUUUUUAAUAGCCGGCGAUAUCAUGUGCAUGUGUAAUUAUUACAACAACUCUUGACUACUUGUUUAACCGGUAUUAAUAUGUGCACCAUAUGUAUGUGCAUACCAUUCCUGUUGAAACAGUAGUUGUGCCAAUGUGCAUACAGCAUCUGGUCAAAUUCUCCAGUGAGUCCUCUAGACACAUUGAAGAU